AUGCGCUUCACUAUUGCGAGCCUGUUGGGAUUCUCCGGGCUUCUAUCCGCCCACAUCAUUAAUCCUGUAGAGCGAUCGGAACAUACUAAUUUCCUGGACAUCCGACCCACUUUUCCAACAGAAUAUGAAAGUGAGGCCGUGAUACCGAGCAAGAAAUACUUCACUUCAAUUAUCAUUAUGACGGCCGGUAUGAUCUUGCGACCCUCCCUUAUUCCCAAAUUUCAACCUUCUAACGCCAAUAAUCAUAGAUUUGCCAAUGAGACCCUGCCCGUCGAACAGGUCCCGCCCCACCUAACAGCCUUGAUCCGAACAUAUCUACAAACAAUGUCUGCCAUCGGCGCCGAAACAUGGAUUAUUCAUGGAACUCUCCUCUCCUGGUGGUGGAACCAAGAUAUCUUUCCGUGGGACAGCGAUCUCGAUGUACAAAUCUCAGAAACAACGAUACACUUCCUAGCAGAUUACUACAACAUGACCGAACACAAAUUCGACAUCGGCGAAGAAGGCAGCCGCACCUAUAUCCUCGAAAUCAACCCCAACUACGUCGUGAAGAGUAUCAGAGAUCGUAUGAAUGUCAUUGAUGGAAGGUGGAUCGAUACGUCGUCUGGGCUCUUCAUCGAUAUCACUGCCGUGCGCAAAGAUGACUAUAAGCGAGAGCACGGGUUCUCCCAGGCUCUGAUAUGCAAGGACAAACACCACUAUACUGAGAGCCAAAUUUUCCCCCUUCGAGAGAGUCGUUUCGUUGGGGUGCCCGUUAAAAUUCCUUAUGCCUAUACAGACCUUCUUGUGGAAGAGUAUGGUCCCACCGCACUGACCAAUAAGGAUUUCUCAGGGCAUCAUUUCAACGAUGAGACCAAUGUCUGGGAGCGCGUGACGUGA